AUGUCUACAUACAGUCUUGGGUUCAUAGGGUUGGGGGUCAUGGGAUAUCCCAUGGUCCUCAACCUGGUAAAGAAGGUGAACCUGACUGAUAAGCUCCAUGUCUACGAUAUUUCGAGCCACAUUUUGGCCAAAUUGGAAGCAGAAGCUCCGGAAAAAGUGGAUGUGUGCUCCAGCGCGCGUGAGGUGACAGAGAAAAGUGAUAUCAUACUCACGAUGGUUCCAGAAGGAUCUCAUGUUCGAGCAGUGUAUCUAAACCAGGAACAUGGCAUCCUGGCCGCUGAUAGCAUUGAUGGCAAAUUGCUGAUCGAUUGCUCCACCAUCGACACUUCCACCUCGCUUGCUGUUGCAGAUGCUGUCAGUGAAAAAUCCAAAAGUGCUGCUAUGUACGACGCCCCCGUAUCCGGCGGGUCACUUGGCGCCGCAGCCGGGACCUUGACCUUCAUGGUGGGAUGCACAGAGAGUGACCCCAACUUCUCCACUAUCAAGGAAUUGCUCGGGACAAUGGGCAAGUCCAUUUUUCCUUGUGGGGGGUUCUCUCUCGGCCUCACAGCCAAACUAUGCAACAACUACUGCUCUGGCUUAGUUGCGAUUGCCACCGCAGAGGCCAUGGACAUUGGAAUCAAAUCGGGUAUGGAUCCGAGAGUCCUGGCCUCGAUUUUCUCCACCAGCACUGCUCAGAGCACAAUCAAUGAUAAAUGGAAUCCGGUGCCGGGUAUUUGUCCCGAUGCUCCAUCGAGCAAGGACUAUCAGGGAGGCUUCAAAGUGCAGCUUAUGAAGAAGGAUUUCCAGCUGGCUGUGGAUACAGCUUCAAGGGUUGGGUCGAAUGUGCGUUUAGCAACCUCUGGGCUGGAAGUUUAUCAGGGGGCUAGUGAGGAUGAGAAUUGUCGCGAUAGGGACUCUCGUGUUGUUUUCCGUUACCUCGGGGGAGACGAAGAUUGGCUGAAUAAAUUUAGCCCGAGCAAGCCUUAA